UAUUCUGUAGGAGCCAGCCUGGGCGCCGGUACAGUCAGGAGUAGUGUGUGAACGUCGGAUUUUCUGCCUUAUUUCCCUGCAGGUGACUCAGAAACUUCACAAUGCGGCUGGAAGAACUCAAAAGGCUCCAGCACACCUUGGAACAGGUCAACGAUGGCAAAGACUUGCUUCAAAGCCAUCAGCUUGCCAUGGAUGAAGAAAAUAACAUCGAAAAAUAUCAUAUCAAUUUACAGCCCUUGGAGUCAAAAGUGAAAAUUAUCCAGCGAGCAUGGCGUGAGUACCUGCAGCGCCAGGACCUGCCGCACCACGAGCAGCUGGACAAGCGCAGUCCCUCCCCGCCGUCCCUCUCCUCGGACAAGAUGAGCAGAUCCAUCAGCAUGAACACCUUUUCCGACAGCAGCACCCCGGACUCCCGGGAGGAUGGGAUGGAUUUAGGGAGCGACGCCGGCAGCAGCCGCUCCAGCUCGGAGUCGAACUCCAGCAAAGCCACGCCGUGCUCGGAGGGCAAGUCCUCGCCGUCCCCCAGCAGCCUGGACCUGGCGGCGCUGGACGAUUCGGAGGAGGAAGAGGAGGAGGAGGAGGAUGGGGGCUACCUGCCCUCCCCGCCGGCUCGCCGCCAGCCCCCGCGCUGCCCCGCCGCCGCUGCCCGCUGCCGCUCCGCUCCCGCCCGCCGCUGCGCUUCUCCCGCCGCCGCCCCCCGCCGCCCCGCCGCUCCGCGCCCGCGGCCGCACCAGCGCCCGCCGCCGCUGCCCCCGCAGGAACGGGGGGGCGGCGGGGUGACGGGACCGGGCGGGCGGCGGGCGAGGCGGGGAGGCGGCGGAGCUCAGCCCCCCCGGGAACCGCAACCGCCGGCCAUGGACUGGGCGGCCCUGGAGAGGCACCUGGAGGGGUUGCAAUGCCGGGAGCAGGAGCGCGGCCAACGGGCCAACCCCGCCUCGGCCCAGAAGAAUGAGCGGGAGUCCAUCAGGCAGAAGUUGGCUCUGGGCAGUUUCUUUGACGAUGGCCCGGGACUGUACACCAGCUGCAGCAAGAGCGGCAAGCCGAGCCUCUCCUCCCGAUUACAAAGUGGGAUGAACCUGCAGAUUUGCUUCGUGAACGACAGCGGCAGCGACAAGGACAGCGACGCCGACGACAGCAAGACGGAAACCAGCCUGGACACGCCGUUGUCGCCCAUGAGCAAGCAGAGUUCGUCCUACUCCGACAGAGACACGACGGAAGAGGAGUCGGAGUCCCUUGAUGACAUGGAUUUCCUCACCAGGCAAAAGAAACUCCAAGCUGAAGCCAAAAUGGCCUUGGCUAUGGCGAAGCCCAUGGCCAAAAUGCAGGUCGAGGUGGAAAAGCAGAACAGGAAGAAAUCGCCGGUAGCGGAUCUUCUGCCACACAUGCCUCAUAUAAGCGAAUGCCUGAUGAAGAGAAGUUUAAAACCCACCGAUCUAAGAGACAUGACUAUUGGGCAGCUACAAGUGAUAGUCAAUGAUCUCCACUCACAGAUAGAAAGCUUGAACGAGGAGCUGGUGCAGCUGCUGCUCAUUCGGGACGAGCUGCACACGGAGCAGGACGCCAUGCUGGUGGACAUCGAGGAUCUGACCAGACACGCUGAAAGUCAGCAGAAGCACAUGGCAGAGAAGAUGCCGGCAAAAUGAACCCCGGAACCCCGGGAGCAGAGCUCGAGCGAGACUUCAUUUUGCUUCUGUGUGUGUCCAUGCGCUGAUGUCCACGGUGGCGCACGAGAAAACCAGUGUUAGUCAUUGACCAUGUCUGAAGCUUUAUGUCUGGUGAUUGGCCUCUGCUUCUUAAUUUAUUUUAAUUUUUUUACUCGUGCCACUAAAUAUCAGGCAUUUUAAUAAUAUUAUUACAAAAAAUGUACAGUACUUAUAACAUUAUAAAUCAUGGGUGAGAAGAGAGGGUAGUUUAACUUUAUUUUUGUUUGUUUAGAGAUUUUCAGUUGAAUGAUAUUUUACCAUUGACUACUUUUUUAUUCUUCACUGUAGUUUUAAAAUAAAGAAACUGUACUUGACGGUGCUAUACAAGUCAAAAAAAAUACAUGCCUGCCUCGUAGUGAAGUUGUAGCUUUCAGUAGAUAUGUAUAUUUUAAUCAGUUUUCAACAUUUUGUGAAUGUUGACUACCUGACAUUCAUUUUUAGAUGUGCUAUUAACAUUCGGUUGGAUUCAGAGAGUUACCUUGAAAGUUUUAUGUAUAAAUAUGUAAAAUAAAAAUUUAAAAAAUUGUUUCAUAUGAUACGUCUUUUUGUUGCUUAGUGGUUGACUUUGGUGAUGCACCAGUAAUGUAUUCCUCAAACUAAAUGUGCAAUUCCUAAUCUGUCAUCACCAGAAAGAGCCUUUUUUUUUUUUUUUUUUUGCCAAUCACAUGAAAUAAUGGAGAGAAGGCAGGAUUUUUGUAGAGUUAUUUAUUUGUAAGUUCAUAAUGUAUGUAUGACAUGGACUUAAGAGAUUCUUCUAUAAUAACAUUCACUGGGCCCUAAUAUUGUGACUAUUGUUAGAAUCAGCAGGCACAUACCGUAGAUGGUUUUUUUUUUUUAUAUUUUAUUGUCUGGGCUAAAUAUUUAAAUGACUCACCAAUGUCAAAAAUUAAAAAAAAAAAAUCUAUGUUAAAAAUCUAAACAGCAUAUUAAAUGUAUUAUAUAUGGUAAUUACUCACCUCUCUGCCUUUGGACUGGGCUCCCCGUUAGCGGCUGUGUCCUCCUCUGCGCGUACAGGAGGAGGGACGUCAGGAGACUAAUAGGUCUGUCUCCGUCCCUCAUUUAUUUGAUUUAAUGCUGAAAAAGCUCAGCCAUCCCCUUCCUGAGGCUGCCCGGCCAUAGCCAGCAGCAGACACACAUGGCGGGCGCACCAGCUUUUUACAUUUUAAUUCUUUUGUCCUCGGGGGCAAAUUCAUCUUAGUGAAGGGGCUGGCUAAUGACUUAUUCAGGGUGUUUUCAGAAAAGCAUGAGCUGCAUUAAAAUUUCAUCCCUCCCCCCCCCCCCCGCCAAGAAUGUAUUUUAUAAGAUGACUUUUUUUUUUUUUUUUUCCCCCCCUUCUUUUUGCAGCAAGUGCAGGUUAUGGAAGCGCCAGCCUUGGGCAGGGUUUAGAGGGGCUGGGCGUGGGGCGGGUUGCUUUAACUUAGGGUUGUUUUUCUUGUCCCAGACAUUGCUCCGGGGCUUUCCAGUGGGCAGUCCCUGUCCCACAGCCCCCACGGGGUCCUGUGCCCUAUGUCCCUGCCAGGCAGUGUCCCCAGGCAGGGUGCUGUGCCUGCCCCCAGCUUUUGCAGAAAGAUGCUGGGACAUGUUAGGCUGGAGACCCCUCGCCCGCAGACCGGGGACAAUAUAAAUUCUUACUUUGUUUUUUUGGGUUUGUUUUUUUUUUUUGGAAUCUAUGCAGAAAAAAUAUAGAUAUAUUGGCGGGGUGUUAGUUUCCUUAUAGCUCUUGGUUGGCUUGAUGCUGCUGUCUGCACGUGGGGAGACCUGCUGGGGUUUAUAUUUCUGCUCUGUAAGACGCCGUGUUCACAGUGUUCCGAGGCCCAAAACCGUCCCCGCGGGGCGCAGAGCUGGUGCCUCUGUCAGAAGUGGCUGUUGGGGUGAGGAGGUGCCUGCCGCUGGCUUUAAAGCAUGGACAGCAAAAGCCCCAAAUACCAAAAGUUUGCUCUCAGCUUUAAAAAAAAAAAAAAAAAAAGGCAAGAAAGCCCCCCCAGGGGUGCUCCGGUGUUCCCCCCCACCCUCUGCAGCCACCCCUGGCAUCACCCCCAGCAGGGUCCAGCUCCUGGGGCACUGGGGUGAGGCAGCCUGGGCAGCCUGGAGUUUCAUUCCUUUGCUAAGUGCCUUGAACUUGCUGAAGAGAACUAGUUAUUCUGGUCACCUACCACUGGUUUUCCCCCCUUACAUCCUUAGGGGGGUUGUUUUGUGUGGGGUUUUUUUGUUUGGUUGGUUUUUGUUUUGUUUUGGUUUUUUUUUUAAGAAAAAGCGUGUUUCUGGGUAACUGCAUCUCCUUGGCUCUGUGUCCCAUGUACCGAGGUGUCAUGCUGGUGUGUAUGAUGGCAAUGCUGUGGAAUUAAUGGAUUAAAUGACGUUUUUAAAAGA